AUGUCCACAGCUGAAGUUGCUGCUGCCACCAAAGAAUGCCAUGCACAGAAUAGCGGCACGGAGGCUCCUGGUUCGGUCAGCGCCUUACCAGCUUUCAAUCGCCGCAUCGAGAUCACCCUCCCUCAUCCAAAGAACCGAGCCCAGCUCGCCAAGACGAAGUCUAAGGAAUGGAACCCGGCAACCUUCUUCAUCGUGACCUUUCUCCUGAUCGGAUCCAUGUCCAUCAAUAUGAUCGCCGUCAAGACUGGCCAUGCCAAUUUCGUGCGCCAAUCUGAUGUCAGGAUUGGCCUAUUGCGCGAAGUGGUUGAGAAACUACAGCGCGGAGAGAAGGUCGACGUGGAACAGGUUCUUGGAACAGGAGAUCCUGCGAGGGAGAAGGAGUGGGAAGAGAUGCUGCGUGAUAUCGAGAAGGAUAAUGCGCAUCAAGACUCGCGGAAGGAAAAGGAAUCGAAACCCGAUGAGACUCCUAAAGUGGAAAACACCGUCGAGUCGACACCAACACCCAACUCCGCGCCCUCGAGUUCCACCACAACAAAACCAAGCAAAAUUAGCAGGUCGAGCUUCUAUUGA